AGUGUACGGAGCAUUUCCCAGAUGUGACCCAGAUGUUGGGCCCCAAAGUUCGCGAGGAGAUCUCACGGUAACCUUUGAUUCUUGACUGUUUAGCGACAUCGGACGACUAUGUAUUGAUCAGAUGGUCCCUGCUGAUGAUGAUGGAAAUGUAUGCAGCGGCUCUCCUCCUGGCAGGGGUCGCUUUCACAGAUGGAGCCACUACACGAACGUCGUGUGACAAGCAUGGUUGUGUCGGCCAGCGCUACAAUAUCACCUGCGACAUUACUGGCUCCGUCUCACAUGGGAUCACCUGGAGGAGCCCGGGGGGUGAGGAGGUGAUGGCCUGUCCCCCUGCCGGUGGGGAGUGUCAGGGAGUGGCAGGAUACCAACUGGUGGUGGAUACAGGGGAGAGACAAGUGCUAGAGGUAGAGAAGUUCUCAUCCAGGGAUGUGGGGAGGUGGGCGUGUCUGGAUGGCAGUGCCCCGCCUACCUCCUACUGUCAGUGUGGAGAACUAGUGUCCCCAGAAGUGACUGGCCUGAGUGUCAGCUGUGUCCAGCAGGACGAGAACUUUGUGGUGGCAUGUACAGGGCUGCAGAACCACGGGGCUCCGGCCGUUGUUCUCACGCUAAAUGGCAGCACUUUUGCUGAAUCCACCUCAGCUGCCUCUAGUCUGUUCCUAGAAUACACCAAGCUGAAUGGUGAAGUCUUCAUGUGCUCCAUAUCUGGAGAAGCCACGGAGUGUCUAGAUCCCAGCACCGUCCGGCAGAUGUACACUACGUGUCCAGGUAUAUCGUGCACUUCGAUCAACACCUACCUGAUUGUGUGUGAAGUUAUUCUAUGGAUCUCCGGAUUCACUAACCUCAUUAUAUUGUACCUGGGCUCUACGGGCGAGCGUGUAUAUACGGGACAGGAGGAGAUGGUGGAGAAGGGGACGCUGUGGCUCCUGGGCAUCAUCCUGGGGGCGUUCAUGUUGCUGCUGGGGACCAUCCACGCCAUCCUGGUGUCUCAGUUCUGUUCAGUGUCGACCAGCUUACCUAUCACAGGGGCAGCCAUGUGUUCAUUCACUCUUCUCAUUGGCCUUGGUCUGUUGGUGAUUUCCGUGUUGAAGAAAGUGACUCCGGAGAACACCGAGUAUCAACUGCCGGAAGACCUCAAGGUCAAGAGAGGAGACACAGCAGUACUGGAGGAAGACACGGAUGAGCUGGAGGAAGACAAGUGAUAGUUUAUACAUGGCAUUUUACUUCUCUAGAGGAAGACAAGUGAUAGUUUAUACAUGGCAUUUUUCUGCUCUCCUGUCCAUUUCUUCACGAUUCUGACAGCACUAUGCCUAUCUCCGUCCACAUGUGUUCUCCCUGGGCUAGAUGUACUUCAACACGGAAGGUUGAUGAAUUAUAUUGUGGUUCUACACCCUUGUAAUCAGGUACUCCACAUGACAGCCACACUGAAUAAUGAAAGUUUCUGAAAAAUACGGAUUUUAUGUGCAUAUUCUUUUAAGAAACACGUGAAGGUCCGGGUUAGAAUGAACCUUCAGUAACCCAUGCUUGUCGUAAGAGGCGACUAACGGGAUCGGGUGGUCAGG